AUGGCUAACUUUGCAACACUUUCAUACAGCCAAAUUCAGACCGCCGAAAGACAAAAGCUCAUAUUUCCUUUCCGAGACAGAAGAGGACCCGCAGGAACAAGUAACCGACAUCUGGACUCAAACGGCAGAGAGACGGACAAGCCUCUGAAUUAUGUGGAAUUCAUGCUCAGAACGCUCAGUAAACCUUCUAAUCUGGAGCCUCCUCCUGCCAUAACUGAGCCAUCAUCUCAAGGGGACCUCCAAAGGGCGCAAAAGGAAUUGGCAGAUAAUAGAGUCUACAACUUCAAAGGAACGGUUUCACUAUCGACAAUCAGUCCCAAGUUGGCUGAGUUGGAAGAAAAGGCCAGCACUUUCAUCUCAGGCCGGGGUGGAGGAAGUGGAGGGGGAGGCUCGGGGUCGAAAGGUGACUCAGAGUCAGACGCAGAUAAGCACAUCCGAUUUAUUAGAACUGUCAGUCAGAAGGUCGCGGCUGUCAAGGAUGAUAGGCAUCUGAUCACGAUUGGGGAUGUUUCUGAUCGUCUUGGCCGCGCCGAGGAUAUUUCCCGCCGAAUUGUGGCUCUUAGGAAGGGCCAGACAAACAAUUGGCUGGUCAGAGAGCUAUCUAGCGACCAGGGUUGGAACCUCCAAGAAGCUGAUCCCAACAAAAAAGGCGAAUAUCGCAGCACCGUUGUGAUGGCCGAAGCAGAUACCGAUGUUCCAGGCAUGCCACGAUACCAAGCAGUUGACUUCCCAAGAACAUUUGCCGCCAACACUGAAAAGAUCAAAGGCAAGGGCCUUACCACCUGGGACAAGUUUAUGGCUUGGGGCGAGGAACUUGGGAACCGCAACGCCAUUACCGGUGGUCCGGCAAACACUGACAAUAAUGUUCUGCACUGGGAAGAAAUAAAGCCCUGGGAAAGUUUUUGGGACAAAUGUGCCGUGCCCGCCAUAUAG